GGUGCAGGGAGAACCAUACUUUUCGUCGUCAUUUUUCGGGACUUGGAUGGGUUGUGGUGUGAUGUAUGAUAAACGACAAAGGAACAAAAGAGGUCUCUCGAAGCGAGCGUCUGACUAGAUAUAACGACCCUCCUCCCCGUCAUACGUAGCAAACUUUCUUCUCAUCUCACAUGAUAAACCUUCUUCCAACAGUCCUUCUACAAUAUACAUUGAAUAACUAUUCUUCCUAAGUACCUUUUAAAAUACUCUAAGAUCUAGUAAGACAGCUUAGUCAACACAACCUUCAAGAUGCCUAUGUUCGAGGACUAUGACAUUGUCCAAGCGGCAGAGAAGCAAGUGAGGAAGGUCGCCUCCAUGACCAACGCCAAUGGAGCCGACUCAAACUCUCACUCUUUACCCAUCCCUGGAGAUGAUGGUGAAGGACCUAUUGAGGUUCCUGCCUCACGAUCCUCUAUCUCUGAGGCUGCUAAAUACAUGCAUAACCUGAGUGCCUCUCCCUCCAUGAAGGAGAGAAGAGGUUCUCGGAACUCCUUCGGUACAUCUCUACCUAUCCCCAGAUCUAAGAGACAAUCCCGACUAUCGUCGGUCCACUACCCCGAUGAGUCUCUCGGUCGCCCAACCCGCCCGGGCAUGCCGCCCGUUCAGCCCUCUCGUGCUAUUCUGGCUUCCCAAGUCCAGAGUGUCGAGGUUGAGAAGGUUCGAAAAGCCAAGAACAUGGCUUUCGCCUUCGACAUUGACGGUGUUCUUGUCCACGGUGACCGUCUGAUUCCCGAGGGCCGCCGUGCUCUUGAGAUCCUAAACGGUGACAACGAACUCGGCAUAAAGAUUCCCCACAUUUUCCUUACGAACGGAUCCGGCAAGCCAGAGAAGGCUCGCUGCGAGCAACUAUCCAAGAUCCUAAACAACCCUGUUGACACUGAACAAUUCAUUCAAUCACACACUCCCAUGAGUGCUCUUGCUGAGUACUACAAAACCGUCCUUGUUGUCGGUGGUGAGGGCUACAAGUGCCGAGAAGUUGCCGAGCAAUACGGCUUCAAGGACAUUGUCGUCCCUAACGACAUUGUUGCCUCAGACCCAAGCAUUGCCCCUUACCGAGUUUUCACCCCAGAGGAGCGAGCCUCAUCCCGGCCAAGAGACUUCACCAAGACUAACAUUGAGGCCAUCAUGGUUUUCUCCGACUCCCGAGACUACGCCACCGACAUGCAAAUUAUUAUGGAUCUACUACGUUCCGAGAAUGGCCGACUAGGCACUAUAGCCAAGGACCCAGUUUCCCAAAGGAUCCCCAUCUAUUUCUCACAGGGCGAUCUACUGUGCCCCACCGAGCACUGGACCCCACGUAUGUCUCAAGGUGCUUUCCGCAUUGGUCUUGAGGCCAUGUACAGAGCCCUUUCGGGUGUCGAUCUAGAGCGUGUUGUCUACGGCAAGCCCGAGACAGCUACCUACAAGUAUGCCGACGAAGUUCUUACUUCAUGGAUGGAGCAACUCCACGGGGAAGAGAAGCUUCCAGAAAACAUCUACAUGAUCGGUGACAACCCAGCCUCUGACAUCAUCGGUGGCAACAUGUAUGGUUGGAACACCUGCCUCGUCCGCACUGGCGUCUUCCAGGGCGGUGACAACGACGAGAACAACCCCGCCAACUUCGGUGUCUUCCCCAACGUUCUCGAAGCUGUACAGACAGCUUUGAGGAAGCAAUUGGGAGAUGACUUCAAGAUGCACUUCGACGAGCGCAUCAACCCUGUUCUUCACGGAGACAAGGCCGACGCUGCUGCGAUCAUAUGAUUUAUUGGAUUUACGACAUUUUCUAUUUACUUAUUUUUGGGGGAGGGGCGUUUUUUUGGUUUACUUCACGAUUUCAUGGAUAUCAA